CGUUCUGCACGUCAUCACGGUGCGUCGUCACGAAAGGGUUAUUUCAUAGCUCAAUGGUCUGACACUCAGAUGCCUUUUUCGAAACAACAUCUGUCGCUCAGCUGAAGAGUAGGCCUCUAGUGUUAGGAAUGCCGAAGAAGUUCCAGGGCGAGAACUCCAAGGCGAUGACUGCCAAGGCCCGCAAGGCAGAGGCCAAAGCUGUGGAAGACUCCCGCAAGAAGAAGGAGCUGGAGGAUGCUUUAUGGCAGGAGAACGAUAAACAUGUCCUGAAGAAAGAACAGAGGAAGGAUGACAAGGAGAAGAAGCGCCUUGAGGCCCUGGAGAGAAAGAAAGAGAACCAGCGGCUCUUGGAUGAGGAGGCUGCAAAGAUUAAGGGCAAGGCCAAGGAGGCGGCUGCUGCCGUGGCGGCGUGCAAAGUGACCCGGGCCCAGAUUGAGGAGACGCUGCGUAUUGAGCAGGCGUUACAACCGCAGGAGCAACCCAAAGAGAAAGAGAAGAGUCAACUGGAGUCACCCCUGGAGGAGAAUGUGAAUCGCCUCAUCCCUGAGGAAGGUGUAGUGGACGCUAGAUCCAUAGAGGAUGCCAUUGCUGUGCUCAGCACGGCUGAAGAGCUCGACCGCCACCCCGAGCGCAGGGUGAAGGCAGCGUUCGCCGCGUACGAGGAACUGAACAUGCCCCUCCUUAAAAAAGAGAACCCCAACAUGCGGCUGUCGCAGCUCAAGCAGCAACUGAAAAAGGAGUGGAUGAAGUCGCCAGAGAACCCCCUGAACCAGCGCUUUGCCAACUACAAUGCCAAGUGAACCAACUCCAGCAGCAGCUAACACAAAACUGUUACCUAUGCAUAUUGGACCUUACAAUGGAAGAUGCCUCCAACCUAGAAUUAUUCCCCCAUUAUGAAUACGUUGCUGGAAAAGCUGCACUCAUUCCCUAGGAAGGACCUCUGAUGCAAGGAAUCACCUUGGGACUUCAGCUUGUUUCAUUUAGAGGAGAAGGAAAUUCCCCUCAUGUUCCUGAUGAUUUUUCUGUUACUGUGAAUUCCCACUUGUAAAUCAUCUCAGUGGUUUAUGGAUUUUAUUCCCAUUAUCAGUUUUUGGCACUUAAAUUGAAAACGGGGGGGGGGUGUGACAGAAGAUUGAAAUUAAAAGUAAUUUAUUACAGUUCACAAUAGUAGCAUCUAAUGGUUUCUGAGAGUGAGACUACAGGUAUGUCGCUCUCUGUAUAAGAGCGUCUGCUAAAUAACUAAAAUGUGGUCUGCACUCUUGCUAUAGUAACCACCUCCUUUUAAAGGCCCAAUUGAGUUUUAUACAAAUAUGACAUUUCUGGGUUACAAUUAAGUACCAUACUAUACUAGUUUCCAUUAAAAUUGUAAAUUGUGUUUUGCAAAAUUGUCUCAGACUUCUCCUAGGACUGUCUGGGAGUGGUCUGAGUGGGGAGGGAAAACUCAAAACUAGCUGUUUGGAACUCUUUGUUAUUGGUCUAAUUUACGGCCUGGUGAUGACCCAGGCAAGCUGAAAAUCCCUCCCAUGCAAACCUGCUGCUUUUAGAUGGCCUUGUGUAUAUUGUAUUUUCAACCAGCAAUUAUCAGGAAAUUACUUAUGAAAUGUUUUAUACUUUUACAGUGUUAGCUUCAUCAGCAUACAAAAUGAGUUGUCUGCACUGGGCCUUUAUUGAUAAUGACCCACAAAAGAAAAUAUCAUGACCAGAGCCAGCGGUGGACUUAUAAGAGCACUGCCUUGUCAUAAACUGAUAUUUUCAGCACCAUUGGAAAUGACUACCCCUUUACCUAUGAUAAAGUGUCUUGUUGCACCUGUUCCCCAUCCCAACAGGGCCUUAUUAGGUGUACCUUGGGUUGCAAAGAGUCGGAAACUUUCUGGUAAAUUUCCAUGGGAAGUUACAGUAAGCCUGGGAAUUUAGGGAAUUUAGCUUAAAUUCAUCAAAAAAAUUAGCUUAUUACAGUGAACCUUUUUUUUGUGGGAUACAUAAGGCAAUUCUAGGUCUUGUGGCAUAUUUUGGUUGAACUAUCCCCAAUUCGAUGGAAUUGCAACCCUCUGCAUGCACAGUGAAUUCUUCCAUCAAAUGUGCAGUGCACUCUUCCAUCACAUGUACAGCUUAUUCUCAAGCUCUUGCACACUGAGAUGCUAUUAAGCCCACAUUACUACACUGUCUGAGCCAAGGACUACAUGCUUUCUGUUAAGUUUUGAUUACAAUACUGGGUGGGGUGAAUAUUAUUUUGACUUUUUUUUUAGCUAAAAAAAAAAGUAAAUAGCAGCCCACU